UGCUACUGCCGUCUGGGGUUCAUUAGUAGUCGCGGAUGUGUCCAAGUGAACGACGUUGUGAAGUUAUGCGUUGUGCAAAGUGGUGACCCCAUCGGAUUUACUGCAACUAGGUCUCCCUUGGCUCCUCCGAUUCUAGUGCGUAUUGCGAGUGGAUUUUCGGCUGCCACGGAUAUAUAGUGAGAUUGGGCCCAUUCCGUGUGGAUUAAAUCUGUUUCGUGGGCUUUUGUGUACCGUAUGGUGAACUAAAAGGUCAUUGUGCACAAAAGCGGAGGAAAAAAGUGCGAACAAGUGGAUAGGCAAGUUUUAUGUAUCUGUUUGCUGUCUGUUGGUGUGCUUUGAAAUAAUGGCGAAUGUAAAAGGUGCUGUUUUGAAGAGUGCACUUUUCUUGCUGAUUUUGCUGGCAGACUGUUGGGUGAGCUGUGAGGAAGAAUGGGGGUCCAGCGGGAAACGACAGUCAACAGAAACGCCCAACAAAACGUCGGCCGAGUCACAGACACCUGAUCCGGUAAAAUUGUUCAAUCUCAAAUGGCAACUUGGGAUCGAGAACGAGAACAAAACCAGCGCGACUAAGCAGAAAUUGCUGAACGAGAAUCUCACCGGUAAGAAGGCGUUCAGUGCAAAUGAAACUUACUACACCGACCAUUUGCUGGGGGUCAAUGGAACCGGCCAGCGGAGAGAUUACUCGGUGGUCUCGAUUAAGCCUGGCGUGGAACCGACCACCGCCAAAACGCCCACACAGGGUAGCGUGUUGCUGAGUGCGAUUAAUGCAUCGAUUGAAUCCAAAGGGAAACUCGAGGCCAAGCUGGCGGUAUCCGAGGAUAGCAGCACCACUACUACGUUGGAUGCGGUGAGUGAUGCCAUCAAUAUCGAUACGGUGGAACGAACCGAAGCUGAGUUGAAUGCCACCUUGCACGACCAUAACAUAACCAAAUCGCAAGAGGAUUACCAUACGUACUAUAACAGUGUGUGGACCACCGAUAAGAAUGCAAGUGAUGCGUAUUGGAAGCGGCUGGAUAACAUGAACGUGAGCAGCCUACUGUCGAAUUCCCAUCGGAGAGCUACGACAGUCUUGCUGUCUUUCGAUUUCCCAUAUUACGGUUAUCCUAUCCGAAACAUAACAAUCGCUACGGGUGGCUUCUUGUACACCGGUGAUUACGUCCACUCGUGGCUUGCCUCAACACAAUAUAUCGCUCCAUUAAUGGCCAAUUUCGAUACCAGCCUAUCGAACAACUCAUUCGUAAAGUUCCGCGACGAUGGAGAAACAUUCACGGUGGUGUGGGAGAAUGUGUCACUUCAGGAUCGGCCCGAGAAUGGAUCGUUUAUGUUCAGCGCUACGCUCAACAAAUCAGGAGACAUUGUGUUCGCGUACAAAACUAUUCCCAUUGAUAUACAACAAAUCUACGAUGAUAAACAUCCGGUUAAGGUGGGACUUUCGGAUGCUUACAUCAUCGAUAAGACUAUUUUCCGCACCAAACAGAAGACAAUCUACGAGUACCACAGGGUUAAUUUCGGUCGCUCGAAGGUUCAAAAUAAUACGCUGAUUACACUCUACGCUCAGCCGACGUGUUUCAGCUUCAAAGAUUGCCAGGCUUGCAUGAAUCAUGAGGGAGCCGAAUUUAAGUGUAUCUGGUGUCCGACACUUAACCGCUGCUCAACAGGCGUCGAUCGCAAACGCCAAGAUUGGAUCCACAAAGGCUGUGACAAAACUCAAAUCAUGGAAAUCUCAGUGUGUCCAGCUUUGGGCCAAAAAGGCAACAAUUACGGCGAACCGGUAGAGAUCAGCACCGAAGGUAAUGACACCAACGGUACCUACCGGCACGAGACCGAGGUCCAUCUGUCGAAGAACACUAACAGUAAAACCGGGCCGAGCGGUUCCAGUGGGGACGACAGUGUCAACAAGGUUCCCGCUUUCCAUGCCUCCACAGAGCAGGAAUCGUCAAGCAACAGCUUGCUAGUGUCCCUGAUGAUCGUCUCGGGCAUCCUGCUCAGUUGCGGAUGUUGGGCACUGUAUGCGUACCGGAAUCCGCACACCAAGAGCGGCCAGUUGCUGAUUAGAUACCGCCCGAACAAAUGGUCCUGGCGACGGGGUGAAGCACGCUACACUGCCGCCACAAUCCACAUGUGAGAACGGGACCAACAGAACCAUCCCCAGCAUCCCGCCUACCAUCGACCGAUGCUGCAUUUCGUUGGCCACGAAGAAGAACGCCUGCUAAGUUACUUGUACCAGCUGGACGAAGCAGGUGGUGGCAACUCGAUUGCCACAUCCUGUGGUCUCGAAGCAGCCAACUAUACAUUUACAACGGAACUGGGUGACUGAAACUGCUAACUGCUCUUGAUGAAAACGUUGGUAAUGGCGAUAAUGAUAAUGAUGAUGUGAUGAUGGAGGAAAGAAGGAGUAAUGAGCACAUCGGUAUGGGCGGAAAAGAAUGAGUGCGCGCAUGUAUGAGAGAGCUUCUUUGUUACGUUUCCUUUAAAUUCUACACACAAAAAUACUUAAUCGUAUAAAAAAAUUGUCCUCGACAGUAUGAACUCGGCAGAGUAGAGGUUAAGGGUCAUACCCACUUACCUUAACAUCAUCAAAUGGCAAUUAUGGUUUAUUAUUUUGAUUCUUUAACACUUGUAGUGAUAUUUACAUCUAUAUUUUAGCACAAAAAAAAAUCUGUCCAGUUAUAACAGUAAGGUAGAUUCGUAGAUGUUUUCUGCUUUUGUUAAUUUUUAUUAGUACUUGUGGGCUCUAUUGUUUUAUCCACAUGACUCUAUUAUUUGUGUUUCCGUUGUAUUUAGACUUUCGAAAAAUGCUUAGCACCUUUAGUUGUAUGCUCAUAAAUAAAUUAGACGUAGUUAGAAACUAUUAUUUCAUUACUUUGUUUCGUUUUAUCCUUCUGAUAUGUAGCAUCUCAGCAAGUGAAAUCCAAACUGUUAAUAAUCACACAUUCGUUCAGUUAUAUCAUCGAUUUAUUUCGCAAAACCUCAGUUGAAAAGUAAUUUUUGUGUGAACAAAAAAAAUAGGAUGAAAACAAAUUCAAAGUUAAUCGAUGCGAUGAAUGAACAUAACGAAACCUACCUAUAUAUCACACAACUUGCUGUAUUCGUAACAUAAGAAAAUAAUUUUCUAGGCGAAACUAUGUGCAAAUAAAAAUAUAAUGAUAAUUAUUCCUAGAAGUAAACACAUGAGCAACAUUAUGAUCUGUUAGUUUAAGAACAUGCACACUUAACUAUGAUAGUAGCUAUAAAACACACAAAACCAUCUGCCGUUGCCCGACGAAUUCCCAAAUUGGUCACAAAGGUACCGAUCAUGUCACAUAUAACAAAAUGCAUCCAAACUAUACUCACUUUUGCAUAAUAAAUAAGUGUACGAGCAAUGAAAAAAAUACCUUACAGCAACAGAUUAUGUAGGUGCGGAGUAAACCCGAAACCCGGAAGGAUAAAUGUUUCAUGAACGAUUUUUUAUGUUUGCUCAUUGGUUUUGAUUUAAUCACACUGGAAAGAUUGCAAAGUUAAACGAAUAUACAGUCCCGACUGUUAUAGUGCCUUACAAUGAUAGAGAUUUUGUCCCACGCGAGAAAAACACCUAUCUAGGGAAGUUGUGUUUCACUCCAAGCGUCUCAGUAAAAGAAACCUUUCGAACGUUGCAAAAUCCUAAACAAUCCUAAACACAACAUAGAGAAAGGAUAGAUUCCCAAAAUCAUUUCGAUGCGAUGAAAAUGGAACGUAAUUGUGGGUGAGUCUUUUGCAUGCAUAUUUGGUAACGUUGUACGCUAUAGGGAAAUACACAAUAAUAUGCCUAGGCAUUAACUUUUAGAAGACGAUGGAAAUAAUGGUUCAAAAUCGUCUAAACAGAAAAUGAUUGAAA